GAACAAUGACAAAUUCUUUACAAAAAUUGGAAAUAAGAUUCUACGGAUUCAAGCCAAGUACCAUAGUCAAAUGCAGAGUCCGGGAGAAAGAUAUAGUACUAAAGGACAGUAUUUUUAUAACAUAUAGAACACACGAUGCAUCUAAUCUAAUUAAUUUAAAAUCACCUAUAACUGGAAUAGUUGACAAGCUAUAUUUUAAAGCUGAUGAUAAAAUAGAGCCUAACGAAAUAAUAGCAGUCAUUUUACCAGGAUGUCCUCACCCAACUUUGCUUAAAGAUACCUGUGCUAUAUGUGGAUCUGCAGUUGAUAUAGAUAUAAGUAAAUCUGAACAAAACUAUGUCCCACUUGUUCAUAAAAUUCCUGAAUUAACAGUUAAUAAAGAGCAAGCUAUAAUAUUAAGUAAAGCAGAUGAAACUAGACUCCUUAAAGAAAAGCGAUUGGUGCUUAUUGUUGACUUAGAUCAUACCCUAAUUCAUACAACCAAUGAUGAAAUAUCAUCCAAUCUCAAAGAUGUAUACCAUUAUCAAUUACCCAACAGCCCACCUGUUUGGUAUCAUACAAAAUGCCGACCUAGAACAAAAGAAUUUUUAAAGAAUAUGAGUACCUAUUAUGAGCUCCAUAUAUGUACAUUUGGUGCUAGAUCUUAUGCACACACCAUUGCUAACAUAAUAGACAAUGAUGGCAGAUUGUUUUCCCACAGGAUUUUAUCCAGAGAUGAGUUUUUAGACCCUUCAUCAAAGACAGCAAAUUUAAAGGCCCUCUUUCCGAAUGAUGACUCACUAGUCUGCAUUAUAGAUGACAGAGAGGAUGUUUGGAACUAUGCCAAAAAUUUAAUUCAUGUUAAGCCUUACAAAUUUUUUGAGUCUACAGAUGACAUUAAUUUACCCCAGGGAUAUAAACAGCUAGAAGCUAAAUGUUCGGCUAAAGUUUCAACAUCCAUGAAUGAUUCAGAUGAUGGAUUGAAAGACAUCGUUAUACCUCAUUAUACUGAUUCACAUGAACCUGAUAAUCCAGAUAUAAUAAUGCUUGAAGCACCCCAGAAAUCCCCACUAAUUGGCACUACAAAGUGUAAAAAUCAUGAAAAUGAUAAAGAAGUGCCUAUUAUUAAAGAGUCCAUUGUAGAACCAGCAAUCAGUAUCACUAAUCAAGAUAUCGCACAGGAUUCAGAUUUAUACAUAAACCUAACUAACGUAGUUAGCAAGCGAAAGGAAGAUAUCAAAAAAUUGCACUGCGGAUCGACUGAGACCGACGAUCUUAACGCCGGAGUGCCAGUCAUGGACAUGACUAUGGAAGAAUGGGAGGAUUCCGAUGAUUACUUGUAUUACCUAGAGGAUAUUCUUAUAAGGAUACAUAAGCGAUUUUUCUCUAAAUACAAUGGCAUUCAAAAAAUGUCGCCCUCGACUUACAUCGAUGUCGACGAAAAAUUACCCAGCCUAAAAUAUAUAAUCCCCGAUAUUAGGAAAGAGAUAUUGUCUGGCGUGAGUAUAGUAUUUAGCGGCGUUUUUCCUAAACAUAUACCGCUGGCGCACAGUAAAGAACGCAAAAUGGCGAUAAGCCUAGGUGCUACGGUGACAUCGGAAAUCGCCCCUAAUGUUACUACCCAUCUGAUAGCCGCUAUCAAAGGGACCAAUAAAGUUCACAAAGCCAAGAAGUUGGGAAAUAUAUCCAUCGUAAAUCAAGAAUGGUUGACUAGUUGUUACGAAAGAUGGGAGAGAAGCAGCGAAAAACUAUUCUCAUUGCGCGAAGAUGUUUUACUACCAGAUAAGACGCAGGAAGCGCGUUCAUCCACCGACUUUGAUCAUACCGGAGAUAAAACCGUGACUUUGUUUCCGUGGAAAUUGAUACCGAUCGAUUUAGAAAAACGGCCUCCAAGGACGGGUUCCUAUAAUACUCGAGCACUUAAAAGUAGGGGUAAUUUAGCAAUUUACCCUGUGACCGAUGCGAAAAUUAAAUCCCCUAACAAUUCUUUAGCUACCGAAUCCGUUUAUUUUUACGAUAAAAUAACGGGUAAAAAGGUCAAACGGUCAAGAGCCCCCGAAUUUUCGCAAGGUGGGUGGAGGAAUAAUCAUCGAAAUUCUUUUGGCACGAAUUUUGAUGGUCACUUUCCACCUCAACGCGAGAAGUCGUCUCAACAGCAAAAUACUGCUGCCUUUGACGAAAGCAUUCUCUUUGGAUCCCUGUCGGCGGAGCUCAUACAAAAUAUGGAAGAUGAAAUUAAGGAUGCAUUAAGUGAAGAUGACGACGAAGAGGUUGUCUCGUACGACCAAGGAGACAAUAUUCAGCUUAAUACUCUAGUUAAUAAAAGGGAAGUCGACACGCCAGGGGAAGAUACAUUUUUGCGGAAGGAAGAAUUGAAGAGAUUAAAAAGAAUAUAACAUGUCCUUUUAAGAAUAUUGAUUAAUUUUUACUUGAAUUUAAUUCCUACUUGAGCGAGAGACUAGAAAAAUGUGCAUUUAGGCUGAAGCUACCUAUUUACCCAUAUGGAACGACUUCAUUUUUAAAAUUCUGUAAAAUAUAUAUUUUAAAAUGACCAAAAAAAUAUAUUAUUUAUAUAUAAUUUAUUUCUAAAUAUAUAUGACGACAUUAUAUAAAGUUUUAAAAAGAACCAUAUUAUUUAUAUAUAAU